ACGGUCAUCAUCUCUGCUCCCUGUUUGGCUCCUUCCAUUAAAUUCAGUCAAAUCCUUCUGCUUGCACACGGGAUUUUCGUUUUUCAAAUAACGCGUUUUUUCCCCCUGCUUUUCUUCUCUAGACUAGAUUUUUCUAUUUGGAUCAACACAUUCUCCAACCGAUCUCAUUCUUGACUCAUCCUCAUUCUCGUCGUCUCUCACAUUCUAUUUCACUGGUUUGGAUGCUGGGAAAAUGGAGGAAAACAAAAAGAAACUUCCAGUCUCAUGGUCCUUGUUCUUAUGGUUUGCCAACCGAGAACUCGGCUAAGCCAAAUAGUUGUAUUGUGCUGAGUGCGAAUUCGGCAAUUUUUUGGAAUAUCAUUGGAAGAAAAAUGGGAGCGGUAUGCUCAGGCGGGAUGAUGAAGCGAAAUUCGGGAAAAAAUUUAGGGUUUUCUGGGAAGCUGAAGAAAGUGAAGAGUUUGGGUAAGCAAAAAGAGGAUUCUUAUUCAUAUUCUAAUCCUAAUGUGGAUGGUUUUGAGAGGACGCCACAGAUGUACGAUCCUGGAGAGCUAUCGUUGAUUUCACGAGAACUAAAACCUUCAACGCCUGCAAGAACAGGGGCAAGCAGGGUGCCCCAGAAGACCUCAUUUCUGGGAAGGGCUGGUGUUGUGGGCCUAGAGAAGGCAGUGGAAGUCUUGGAUACACUGGGAAGUAGCAUGUCAAGUUUGAAUCCCCACAGUGGGUUUGUAUCUGGCAUUGCUUCCAGAGGAAAUAAAAUAUCUAUAUUGGCAUUUGAAGUAGCUAAUACAAUAGCCAAAGGUGCAAACCUACAGCAUUCUCUUUCUGAAGAGAAUAUCCAGUUUCUGAAAAAGGAGAUUUUACAUUCAGAAGGAGUGCAACAAUUAGUUUCCACGGAUAUGACAGAGUUGCUAAGUAUUGCUGCUGCUGACAAAAGAGAGGAAUUUGAUGUUUUCUCACGGGAAGUAAUUAGAUUUGGAGAUUUAUGUAAGGAUCCACAAUGGCACAACCUGGAUCGAUAUUUUUCAAAGUUAGAUACAGAUGAUCCCAGCCAUAAACAACUUAGAGAAGAGAUAGAAGUGACAGUUCAAGAGUUAACUACUUUGGCUCAGCAUACUUCUGAAUUAUAUCAUGAGCUGAAUGCUGUAGACCGAUUUGAACAAGAUUAUCGACGGAAGCUUGAGGAAGUGGAGUCCUUGCAUCUUCCUCGUAGAGGAGAGAGCCUCACAAUGUUACACAGUGAGCUAAAACAUCAAAGAAAGCUUGUAAGGAGCUUGAAAAAGAAAUCGCUUUGGUCUAGAAACUUGGAGGAGAUUGUGGAGAAGCUUGUUGAUGUUGCUACAUUCAUACAUCAAGAGAUCUUGGAGGCAUUUAGAAGUAAUGGUUUGACAUUGACUAUCAAGGAACCUAGCAAUUGCCCUCAAAGACUGGGUGCAGCUGGUCUUUCAUUACACUAUGCCAACAUUAUCAAUCAGAUGGAUAACAUAGCAUCUCGGCCUACCUCCCUUCCUCCCAAUAUGAGGGACACAUUAUAUCAUGGGUUGCCAGCCAGUGUUAAGACAGCACUGCGCUCCCAGUUGCAAGCAGUUGAUGCCAAGGAAGAGCUUACAAUUCCUCAAAUCAAAGCUGAAAUGGAAAAAACUCUCCAAUGGCUUGUUCCAGUAGUAACAAAUACAACCAAAGCACACCAAGGUUUUGGGUGGGUUGGAGAGUGGGCAAAUACUGGGAAUGAGUUUGGCAAGAAGACAACUACACAAAAUAACCUGAUCCGCCUCCAGACGUUAUAUCAUGCAGAUAAGCAGAAGAUGGACCAAUACAUCCUUGAAUUAGUAAUAUGGCUUCAUCGUCUUAUCAACCUAGUAAGACAUAGAGAUCAUGGUUUCAAGCCUCUGUCUACUCGGUCCCCCCCACUCAUAAUGGGCUGGUUUUCCACUCCAAGAUGGAGCGGCUCCCAUCGCUUGAUUAUGUUACCAAAGUCCAUGGGGUAACUUUCUCAGGAGGAUAGAAAUUUGUUGGGAGAAGUUUGCUGGAGAAGGUUGGUUCCUGGAAAAAGCAAAAGUCAGGAAUUUGCCAUGACAAAGAAACGGCCAGAAGUUUUGGUUAUGACCAGGAGUGCUGGCAGCUCCCCAAAUAGGGAGUUGAAUAUAACUCAAGAUAUGGAAUGCCUGAACACUAAUGUUUUAGAUGAAAUGGAUGGGUUAGACACAACAUUGUCUGGGCCUUAAUCACAUUUCAUCCUUGGUGUUAGGUUCAUUUUGAAAAUUAAUUGUUCUCUGUAUCCCUCCCUUCCCAAUUUUUUUUUUUGGUUGAGCUCUCAUUCUAUUGUAUAGACGUUUACCAUACUGGUGUUUUGUAUAAAAUAUACAUAAUAAUUUAUAUAGAAA